AUGGCCGUUCGCCGCAUCUCUUUCCAUCCGCCUUUUAACCUCGCGCCAAAACCUCCUGUGUCAAUCUCCGCCCAACGCUUGUUCUUUGUGGCUACCGGCACCGGCGAAAGAAUGAGCAUGGCCGCGGGUUACCCGCUUCCGGUCCUGUGGGUGCAGUUGGUGUUACGUGCCGUCUCGGUGCUGCUUCUCAUCGUCAGCUUGGGCUUUUUGGCCUACUGGAGCAUAAUUUUUGGCGAGCGCUUCAUUGACGUCUACAUCCAGGGACAGACCCAGCCUGUUGCGCCGCCCCUUUCUGAAUGCGGCUCUGAUGACUGCUCGAACUCGUAUACCAAGGAUCCAUUCGGCAAGAGGAGUGCUAAUCCCAACCGUUCCGCAGCCUGGCUGCAGCAGUACAGCAGCAACGCCGAUUUCUAUUCGAGUUAA